UGGGCAGCUCGGUUCAAUGCGGUCUUUCUCCUACAUACGGGCCGAGGCAGCAGUUCCAGGAGUAUCGAAGUUGUGGCGAUCGUAUUUUUGUCUACGUCAUGUUCAUUUUUGUAGUCUUCACUGCCUAAUAGCAGCGCCGUAGCGAUACUCUACUUCACCUUUUCCCCUCAAAUGGCUUUUGAAGAUCCCUGAACGGCCAUUAGUCUAUUUCGGACAAGCAGCGGGUCAAACGUUACAGCCAUUAAGUCUUCACACUGCAAAGGCGCCCAGAAAGUAUCCACCCGUGGAUGUGUCUAGAAGCCGAGGUUCACCGCAUUUAAGACGCUGCCACUGUUUGAGCCUCAACUGGUAGGUAAUCGCAUACAGGCUUCCGUCUAAAUCUCUUUCACUGCUUUGUAAGAAUUGCACUUUGUUGUAGAUAUACAGUGUCAUCCCACCUCCAAAGUCGGUCAUCCACUCUCCAAUUUCUACUCGAACCAUCGAUCCACCAAUACACAAUGCCUGGCCAACAAGCACAACAAUGGGUUCUGUCGAACCCCCCCACCGCCGACCCUGUACUUGAGGGCGACAACGCUACCUUCAAGCUCGCGAACGUUACCCUCCCCGAAGUUGGCGCCGGCGAGGUCCUCGUCAAGACCCUGUACCUCUCGAACGACCCCGCACAGCGCGGAUGGAUCCAGAAAGGCAUGGACCCGGAGCGUCUCUACGUUCCUCCCGUCAAGCAGGGCGAGACUAUGCGUUCGUUCGGUAUCGGCGAGGUCGUUGAGUCGAAUGCCGACAGCUUGAAGAAGGGCACACUGAUCUCCGGCUCGCUGGGCUGGACAGAUUACGCCAUCGUCAAGGCGAAUGAAGUCCGCGCUGUUGCUGCCGACGAGAAGGCUGGCAUCCGCGUCACAAACUACCUUGGCUCCCUCGGAUUCACUGGUCUCACAGCCUACUACGGUAUCACCGAUAUCGGGCGCGCCACCAAGGAUGAUGUCGUCGUCGUUUCCGGUGCUGCUGGCGCUACUGGCAGUAUGGUCGUCCAGAUUGCCAAGAACCUGAUCGGUUGCAAGAAGGUCGUUGGUAUUGCUGGAGGCGAGAAGAAGUGCAGGUGGGUUGAGAGCCUCGGAGCCGAUAUCUGCGUGGACUACAAGUCGGCGACCUUCAAGGAGGACCUGAAGAAGGCCACCGAGGAGUAUGUCGACGUUUACUUCGACAACGUCGGUGGCGAGAUCCUCGAUCUCAUGCUUUCGCGCACUAAGCGCUUUGGUCGCGUUGCUGCUUGCGGUGCGAUCGCGACAUACAACGACCCCACCGUCGGUGUCAAGAACUGGUUCGAGAUCAUUGCCAACAGAAUCGAGAUCAGGGGUUUCAUCGUCCUCGAUGCGAUUCCCAAGGCUGGAGAGAUGCUUGCAGCGAUUACACAGGGUGUCAAGGACGGCAAGAUCAAGAUUGAUCCCGAGAGCGAGACUAUCGUGCCUACCAAGUUCGAGGAUGUGCCCAAGACAUGGACAACACUCUUCACAGGCGCAAACCAGGGCAAGCUCGUCACUCAGAUCCAGUAGAGGUCGGUGUGACUUAAUACAUUAAUGCAAUACAAAUUCAACAACGUAUACCCAUAUUUCUGUCUCGCUCUUCGUUCAUCCAGAACACCCCGUCACUCUUUGCAGCACUCUUCACAGUCAUAACGUGAGCCAGUACCUCCCUGAGAUGCAACGUCUAUCUUGGCACCCCUAUGCGAUCUCUUCGCCAGUCUUGUAGUCCUUCUCAUAAUCAGGUAGCUUCGUCCUCACACUGACAUCAGGAACCAUGAACCGGCGUUAGCAAGCACAGCACGUACAUCGACAGUAAUAACAAUGCACAACCUUCCCACUCACACCCUUGAAGUACUCCGCCCCGCAGCGCAGCAGACUAGGCCC